GCCCCGGCCCCGUCGCCCAUGGGGAGCGCGGCCCGGCGGCGGCCCGGCGGCCCCGCUCGCCCAUAGCCCGGCGGGGCAUGCCAGGCCCCAGGAUGCCGGCCUGGGGGAUCCUGCCCGUCACGCUGCCUGCCUUCACCAUCACCGGCAUGUGGAUCGUAUAUGCCAUGGCACUGUCCAACAACCACAUCUGCCCUGUCCACAACUGGAGUUACAACCAGUCCUGUGACAUGGACGGCCCUAGCUCCUGCUGCACGCUGGAUCACAUCCCCCUCGUCAGCAAGUGUGGCACCCUGCCUCCCGAGAGCUGCUUCUUCAGCCUCAUCUGCAGCCUGGGCUCCUUCAUGGUCAUCCUGGUGGGCCUGCUGCGCUAUGCCCACCUCCUGGAGCGCCUGGGGCCGUCCCUCCUCAACACCCUGGGGCUGGCCACUGGCUGGGUCUGCGCUGCUGGCCUCACCAUGGUGGGCAACUUUCAGGUGGAUCACGCCAAGGUGCUACACUACAUUGGGGCAGGGGUGGCCUUUCCCACCAGCAUGCUGUUCCUGCUCCUGCAGUCCAUCCUCACCUACCGCAUGGCUGAAACCCGAGGCCAGUACUGGACCGGCCACUUGCGUAGCAUCCUCACCACCGUGGCCUUCUUCACCCUCGUCUUCAGUGGCGUGUUCUUCAUCCAGGAGAGCUUUGUGCUACAGCACGUGGCUGCCUUGUGUGAGUGGAUAUUCAUCAUUGAUGUCCUGGUUUUCUAUGGCACGUUCACCUUUGAGUUUGGGGCCAUCUCCACAGACACCUUCCUGGUCCUGCUGAAAGCCAGCCGGGCCCCCAAAAGUUACAAAGGCGAGAGCAGCCUGUCCAGUACGGCCCACAUCCACAGCCACGUGGAGGGCCUGGCUAUGGCCUGACCCCCACAGGAGGCAGCCCAGAGUGGAGACUCCAAAUUGGGCUCUGCCAGUGACUCCCCACCUUGAAUAUUUCUGAGAACCC